GGUCUGGUUCGACAAAACCAAACCAAACUUUUUGAAGCAUUAGAACAAGUCAUUGAAAAAUGAUUUGUUCCUGCAGACGACAGAUAAGAAUAUAGUGCCUAUGUUUAUAAUUGUAACCUGAUCCACGACUUAACAACCAAAAUCAUUUUUAAUUGCCCCACAUUACCCUUGCAAGAACUUUUUUGUAAAAGUAUGGUUUAUGAGUACAUACACGCAUUUGUGUUGGUGCUGUAGAAGAUAGCUUUGGUUUCAGACAUUCGGACACGUGGUAACAUCCUAAGUUUGGUGCAGGACAAUUUGUUGUUUCGUGGAGAUUUAAUCAGCAGUCUUUAUCCAUACAAAUCUGUGCAGCUUGUUUCCUGAUGUAUCUAUUCAUAAGCUCAAACGACAUACUGCGGAUGAUUAAUGAAGCCAGUUGGAGUGUCCCUGCAUACCAGCUCAUCGCUGCGACAGCUGUCAGCACGAAAGGCUCUAUCGGACCCUGCAGACGGCCCCAGGACUACAAGCAGGAAAAAUCAGCUGGUCGAGUGAGAGGGAAUUGAAAAAUUGGCACUACGACACAAGCAGACAAAGUAAAAGCUAGCAACACUAGAUAGACGAGAUUUACACGUUUCGUAAAAGAGUCAUUAACCAUCUAUUUAUGACGAUAGGUAGGAGGCAGUUGACACUUCCUUUACGGGCUUGCCCAUAAUUUCGGUGUGAACUUUUCAACUGAGCGCAAAUUUAAUAAUAGAUUUUUACCUAUACAUGGAUACAUACUGCACUUCAACUCGGUCUUUCUUGGCAUGCGCUCUUUGUGUUUCAUCUGGAAACGAAUUUUUCACAAACGGCAGAUGAUAGUACUGUAAAUCUGCCAAUGAAACUUCCAAAUUAAAAAAAAAAAAAACCGUGAAAAUUAAAGAUCAGAAGAGCAAAAAUCGCAUCAAGCACUUCUUCGUGAAAGGAAGAAAAAUGCCGACCUUCGUGACAUGGAUCAGAGAAAAAAGCAAAGAUUACUUCAAGUGAUCCUCGAAAACAAUGCAAAGGAAAUGCGCAAAGAAUGCAUUGAAAGUUAUACAGCUAAAGUUCAGAGUGCGGAGGUCCAUCUUGGGCACCAGCUAGCAUUGAGGUCAUCUUCCAGGCAGUGCAGCCAUUGAGACAUUCCAAACUUUGUCUGGAGUCCUCUAGAAACAUUGUGACCAUCUAAUAUGCUACUCCAUCUAGUCCAUUAACUCUGGCCUUUUUAUUGCUUGUAAUCUUCCACCACAAUCUUCAUAUUAAAAUUUUGCGAUAUAUUUACAGCCAUACACAAUCUUCUUCAUUCAAAGCAUGGAUUCUUUUGAACCUUUUUGCAAUUCUUCUGAGUAUGAUAUCGAUACUCUAAAUGGCACAGUACCAUCUGUCACCAUGGAAACAAAUGACACCGUCACAACAACCAAUGGCAUUGAGACAUUGUUGUCAACUCGAGAAGAUAUGCUGGACAUUUUCGAAGACUUUGGUGACAGGGACUCUUCAACACUUUCGAUGACUUCAUUUUCUAUUGAAAAUGAGGACCUAUUAGGCAUAGAAACAUCAAGCUGUGCUGACACCGAAGAGAUGAACACUGAGAGAAUCUCGAAUGCCAUUGCUAAUGAGACAUCUGGCAUUGCAGAAUGCAUCACCUUCAUCAGUUCAAACCCCAUCUCCACUGAGAUAUCUGACACAAUGGAACACACUGCUGAUAGCAAGGCAGAUCUCAACACUACCUUACUGCCUCAUGCAAGGGUCCGUGACCGUUUCCAAGAUUUUUUAGAUACACCUGAGAUUUCUACCAGUGAUGUACAGCUGAACAAGACAGUGUCUUCAGAAGAUUUGGUGCUUCUCUCUUGCAAUGAGUGGACUGUAGACUCAAGAACAACUGAAGACUCAGAGAAAACAAACCAGUCUCCACUGUCCCCAGAUAUUUGGGAUUUGCCAGGAGACAUGGAAAAUAUGGUGAAAUUAACAUCUCCAGUCAGUAGCAGGCCAUCCACUGAUGAGGAUCUGGAUGAAUUUGUAGAUGACACAUUUGACAAGAUGCCAGUAAACACCAGUGAUGCAUCUGAGAACACCAUGGAUGAUUCAAACACCACAUUGAAUGAUCUGCUUGAUGCAGACAGAGAUGGUAAAGGGAGGCUACUUUCACAAAAGGAGGCCUCUCCAGAUAUUACAGUUGAUUUAGCAGACUUUGAAGAGACUGUAAGUCAGAAAGACGCAGAUAGUGAGAAAGUGUUGCUAAGAAACAAGAGAGAGGAUCACGAAACAAACUUACAGCCCGGCAGCAGCAUCUCCGAGCCAGAUAAGGAAAACGAAAAAUCUGCAAAUGAUACUGAUAUGGAUUUUGCUGUGCUUGAGCUUGAUUCUUCUCACCUGAAUCUUGACCACAGCAAGCAGAAGAGGACCCUCAGCAAAAAGGGAUCUAUAGCCAGAAGGAAAAGACCCUCAAGAGGCAGCUUCAUCAAAACUGCAACUGAUUCUCCAGAAGCUAUUUCCAAAGACACAGAAGAAUCUGCCUCUCAUAGCACAGAAUCAGGCUCUGGUGUGGAUGAAGUGUUUGGUGAUCAGCAGACACCAGGCGAUGAUGCACAGACUACAUCAUCACCAGCAGCAGACACACAGCUGGAAACAAGCAAGUUCAGAUUGUCAGGAUUUCUGAUCAAGCCUACGCUGAUAAUGCCUGGCCUUCAAGACCUGAGCAAGUCCAAGCUGUUUAACCAGGAAAAGAGAAAGUCGGAUGAGGACACGGAUUUGCAUGGAAAAUUUCAUCCUCCAGCCACCUUGCCAAAGCAAACAACCAAGGUCCAGAAAGAUUCACAGAAUCUUCAUGUUUCCUCCCGAUAUUCCAGCUCUGAGUCAGGUGGUGUUGGUGUGACUCCUUGCGAUGGGGUGGGACAGACAGCAAGUAAUGCAACAUCCAAUGGUCAUCUGACUUCGGUGGCAUCCAAAAAAAUAGACAGUUGUGAUCACAGAAGGAUAGAUGGUGCGAGCUCCAUCACUGGUGGAGAGACCACCCAUCUGGAAAGUGUAGGGAGCUUGGGUUUUGAUGCAAAACUUGGUCGCACCAACAGCACCAGCUCCAUGGACAGCAGUUACAGGCUCAGCAGAGGAGACAGCACAAGUUCUGUGGACAUGGCUCCGGAGGUAAGCACCCCUCCACGUAAAGGAAGUAUUACAAGCAGUGCAUAUACACCAAUAGCCUUUCGUCCACGUUGCAGUUCCAACACAGUUUUGGAUGCAGACAAUAAGAUUGUGGAGACUGGGCUGAUUACCUCUAGCCCGUUUGUAGUACCAACGGUGAAGAAACCCUUGUGGCUGGCAGAAAUGAAGGUGCGCCAGGAAGGAAGUGGUGAUUAUUCAGGUCUGUCUAAGUUUGUAAACACUGCCAAGCACAGAAAUGAGACUGGAAAUGACAGCAGUAGCUCUGAACUCCAAAUCUCACAGGAAGAACUCAGCAACAAGAUGAUGCAGGAACAAGAACCAGAGAAGCCCAGCUGGCUAAAAGCAGUAACAGAGAAAAGCAAACUGGGUAUAGAAAAAAAGAUUGAAACAGACAGACAUGAAAAUGGAAGAAAUGGUGAGGAUGACAACUUGUUUCCAUUACCGAGAGAUGCACUGAAAAAGAGCAAGAAAUGUGCAAUAACAAAUGUGGAUAACAAGGAGGAACCCAAAACUACUCCUCAAAUGUCAGGCCCGACCAGUGACUCCCCUGUCAUAUCUACCAGGAGAAAUCAGUAUGUACCAAGUUGGAUGAAGACUGUACAACAGCAGAAGAAACCCACCUCAGGAGCAUUUGGAACAGGUGUGGCAGUUUCCAGCAGGGGAGACGUAACAGCAAAUAUACCUAGCAAACAACUCAUGAGAGCAUAUGAAACACCAAAAUGGAAACUUGAGCUGGCAGAGAAAAAGAAACAACGGGGAGCUACGACUUUUCCUGGAGCAUCUCCACCAUCAGAAUCCCAGCCAGAAAUACCUCAGUGGAGACAACAGCUGCAGCUCAAGAAGCGGUCUGGACCCAGCAUUAAAGAGGGUGAUGGGAGCAGUGGAAAUGUAGAACCAGAAUGGGCCAAACAAGCUGAGGAGAGGCGAGCCAGAUUAUUAAAAUCCGGCCUGCUGGACGCAGAGCCACAGCAGUAAUAUUUGGGCAACCUGGAAACACAGUGAGUAGCUGUUUGUCCCCAAGACAGAGAGGAUUGUGGGAUCAGAUCAUACCUCUGGUGUGACACCUGCUUACUAAGCCGAAUUAGCUUGCUAACCAGGCAUCAGCAAUAACUUUCAGACUCCAUUAAAUGUGCUCAAACUGGUGAUAAAGUUUAACAUGAAAGGAAAAAUGCAUCCUGGAUGACAUGAAACACGUCUGUUAAUUUACCCAGGCUGAUCAUCAUUAUUGGUCAUCAUGAAAGUAGCAAUCCAUCUUGAUUGAAACAUAAAAUAUUACAUCUUUUUAAAAUAUUGUUUGUAAUGGUGGAUUGCGUUGCAGGCUGGAUCUUAAAUGUUUAGACUGGUAACUUGACCAGUUGGUGUGUUAGUCUGUUUUCUCUUUAUCACGUAAAUCAUGGGCUAUUUAAUAAGCUUAUUGCUUAAAUAUUGUCAAAACAUAAUGCCCAUUUAACUUGCUAAAUUAAAGGUGAUAAUCCCAUUCUGACCUACACCAUGAAACCUCCAAGGCCAAAGACUUUUGUGAUUUGCUGAAGUCCAGUUCCUUUUAUUAGCACACUGGCUCUACCAAUAUAAAAAUGCAAAGAUGUCCAGACUGACAGAUCAAAAAAAAAACCAUGCAGUCUGAGGUAACUGCUAUGACAAUCAUCGUUAUUCUUCUUCUUUUUCCUUUUAUAGUUUUUGUUAAUGUGACAGUCUUCUUACAAGUGUGCCCUUCAGCUAUGAGACAAACUUUUAAAAUUCUUUCUUAUGGUUAAAGCUACCUGUCUAUGCAGACAUUCUUUAGUCUCUCAGUUGGUUACAGAUGAAUUUAACUGCACCAAACAAGGAGUGUGUAUGUGUGUGCAUGCAUGGGAGCAAACAUGAAUACAUGUACACGUUUUUAAAUCUAUGCAUUCAUACAUACUUAAUCAUUCCUCGUCUUUAAUUAAUUUGUUUGUGGAUAUUUUCAGUGGACCACUGAAAACUGCAUGGUUUGUAAACAGCAGGCAUUUUGCAAACCGAUACAUGUGCAGGUGUGUACAUGUCUAUUUUAGAGUCUGUAUGAUAGGCGAAUUUUUCAACAGCCAAAGAUUUGUUUUUCAACAAGCACCAGUAAAUUGGUUUGAUGAUGCUUUUGCAUUAGCUAUGUAAAAUAUAUUAAUUUUGGUGUCAUGAUUGGACUCUUAUUUAUCAUUCAGACUCAUAUAAUCCGUUUCUUGCUUUUUAAGAUUUUCUUUUUGCAUUUUAGUCUUCCAAGUUCCAAGGAGGACACUUGUGCUAUGUAGAAUAUGUUGGAGAGACUGAGGAGUUUUAUACAGCUGUUCUUAGUAUGCCUUUCGUCAUUAACUUGACUGUUUCUGUUAUCUAGUGUCAUUAAGGUAUUGCUGGUAUAUCUAGCAUCAUUUAGCAUGUUACUGCUAUCUAGUGUCAUUAACAUGUUGCUGCUGUCUAGUGUCAUUAACAUGUUACCGCUAUCUAGCAUCAUUAACAUGUUACUGGUGUCUCAUGUCAUUAACGUGUUGCAUGAACAUUUCCAACAUGUGAUUCAAGAGUUGAAUUUUCACAUCAUACUGGGAUGCCCGGUGUGUUUGCCUCAUAUGUCAGUCUUCUUAAUUCACAUCUUCAUUGGUUGUAUCAUUCACUGUUCACUUAACUGUUGUCUUUGUCUCUCAAAUUCAACAAAAUGCUUUAUCGUUUUAGUUAGUAGUUAUCGCUCAGUCUGAGCAUCAUUCAAGAUGUUAGACUCUUUUUGCAGGUUAAUGUAAAAUCUGCUUGCAGCACACUUUAAAAGAAGUCAGUAAAAUUUGCUUUGUGCAAUAUGUUAGUAUUAUGUUGAUAUGAUGAGUAUGCAGCAUACACUAUGUGUGUGAACAUAGCAGUUUGCCUUCUCAGACUGAGGUUCAUGGUAUGAGAGAGGUUUUGUGUAGUGCUAGCAUUUUGACAUGCCAUGUGCGCACUUUAAAGUGACAACUGUUUCAGAAAUGGUCCUAUGUCACCAUUCCAUGUGAAAAUGGGAUGUAUGCGCAACAUGUCGGUACACUUCUUUGCUAAUCUGCUGUAAAAUACAGGAAGCUAAAGUUUGCAGGCUAAUUCAGUCAUGUCUUUAUGCUCUCUCAGUAGUUCUUUGUGGCUUAAAUAGUAGAUUUCAUGUUUAUUGUCGUCGGUUUUUAACAACAGUACCUUAUUAUUGCAGACUUUGGUAACUAAAAAUUAAAGUAUUUUUCAUGGUAUGUCAACCUUUUUAUUCUACAUAUAGUAUCUUUUACCUCUAACAUAUCUAGAACUCAGGUUUUCACUUUUUCCAUUCACCAUCUUGGUAUUCCUGCAGCAGGUCUUCAUGCAUAUUAAGACAUCAUAAUUAUGAUCCUGUAUCAUAACAAAUUUACAUCAUUAAAAAAUUCCUUUCUUGCAGACAGUUGCAAAUUAUAUGAAAUACUACAGAUGUUGUAGAAGUAUUAUGAUGCUGUGUUUAUAUCAUGUGUCUCAUUAUAGUAUGAUUAUUUCUGCAUUGCUCACAUUUUUCUGCAGCUCAGAUAUUUAUUACAGUAUCAGGCUUCGUCUCAAACUGUUAUUAAUGGUCUGAUCCCUAUUCCAGUUAUAUACUAUUUAUUACAUAUUUUGCUGUAUGAAUAUAUUUUUUAUAAAGACAAUUGCUGCUGCAAAUAUAAAUGGAAAGUUUCACCUUUGUAAAACUUGAUGUACCUAUUAUGACCUAGUUUUAUUGCAAUACCUUGAUUAGGUCAACUUUGUAAUAUGUCUUUUUCAUCCAUUCAACCUCAUUAACAUCCCAGCUCAUACACGUGAAAUCUGUGACCAGGUGCCUAAUUCAUCAGGCACUCACUGAAUGGCUAAUUCAAAGCAUUCAACUGACUGCUGCCUUUAGUACCUAGUGUCUGUAGUGACAUGCUGCACACCUAACCCACUGAUGUUCUGGUUAUCAACAGUCUGUGAGAAAAUAGGAAGUAAUAUUUGUUCAACUGUUUCACUGAUCAUCAGCAAUGAUCUGCAUGGUGGUGAUUGCUAAUUUUGUCAUUACCAAAUUAUUCCAUCAUAUUUGUGGACCAUAACAUGAAGUUAACUAAAUCAGUUUUAUCAAAUAUGACCUCUGGGAUAUCCUUAGCUGCAAAAAUACUGGCUCACGGCCUUCCUUUAAAAAAAAAAGUGCAUUUGUACAAUUUCUUGUUUCAUUUGUCUGGAAACAUAAGAGGGGAUGUAGCAUCUUAAUGUUGGUAUUGGCAAUAAGAUAAGGCAAGAAAAUAGUUGAGGAAGUAGUUUGCUGACAGGCUGAAGUACUUACGAACUGUUAACACGUGCAGCAGAUGCGACAUUGUUAAUGCUGGCUGAACAUCAAGCAUCUUGCUGAAUGGAGUAACUUCAUUCAAAUGUCACUGCUGCUGCUCUCAGAAUUAAAGCAUUUUCUAUGCAUGAUUUCAUGUUUGAAUAUGUAGGUGAGAUUAAUAUCACUAUUUGGCCAGCAGGGUUAUUGAAAAUAAAUAUUUGCUUGACUACUU